UAAUUCCUACGACAUGGACUUCACACCAACCUUCCAUUUUUCACAUUAACAGUGUAACACUGGCAUUCUUACUUGCAAAGCUAACUCACUCUUCAUAGCACCGCCAUUUAUAAAAAGCGCACCCUCUCACCACUUGAAGGAAAAACCAGCAACUAACUCAUUAUUCCCUUUCCCACACCCAACUUCACCAACACAAAUGGAAUAUGGAAAAUUGGGACCCUCUGACCCGGGUGGCUCCUCACGCCGCUCCACUGUUCCUCUCACCAAUCCAACCUCUUCUUCUUCGUCCGCCAGCAGCAAAAAGAAACUCAUCAUGCUCUCUCUCCUCGCCGCCGUCUUAAUCGUUGCCGCCGCCAUCUCCGCCGCCCUAGUUACCGUUGUCCGCUCUCGCGCCACCAGCAACCAAAACGGGCCCCACCUCGCCCACAAUCCCACACAGGCAAUUUCCAGAACCUGCAGCAAGACACGUUUCCCUACUUUAUGCAUCAAUUCCCUCCUUGACUUCCCUGGCUCCACCACUGCCUCGGAGCAAGACCUCAUCCACAUCUCCUUCAACAUGACCCUACGCCACGUAAGCCGGGCGUUCUACGCCUCCAGCGGCCUCUCGUUUGCCGCCACAAACCCAAAGGUUAGCGCGGCUUACAACGAUUGCCUCGAGCUAUUGGAGGAGUCGAUGGAGGCGCUAUCACGGUCCCUCGACUCCGUCCUCUCGCCUUCGGCGUUAUCCGGCAGCACCGAGGUCAGGCCCGCCACUGUUGGAUCCACCGAAGACGUGAUGACGUGGCUCAGCACCGCGCUCACUAAUCAGGACACGUGUGCAGAGGGGCUCCAAGACACCAGCGGGAGCGUGAAGGACCAAAUGAUUGAUAACUUAAAGGACUUGUCUGAACUCGUGAGCAAUUGUCUUGCGAUAUUCUCGGCGAGUGGAAGUGGCGAUUUCUCGGGGGUGCCGAUCCAGAACAAGAGACGAUUAAUGGAAAACAAAGAAGAAGAGGAGGAGAAUGUUAAUCGCGAUAUCUCGGGAAAAUUUCCGGGUUGGUUGAAUAAGCGAGAUAGGAGAUUAUUGAGUUUACCAGUGUCGGCAAUUCAGGCAGAUAUAACCGUUUCUAAGACUGGUAACGGAACAGUGAAGACCAUUGCCGAGGCGAUUAAGAAAGCGCCAGAGCAUAGUACUCGCCGGUUCAUAAUUUACGUGAGGGCAGGAAGGUAUGAGGAGAAUAAUUUGAAGGUGGGGAGAAAAAAAACGAAUGUGAUGUUCAUAGGUGACGGGAAGGGCAAAACUGUCAUCACAGGGAAAAAGAAUGUGAUAGAUGGCAUGACGACAUUCCACUCGGCAUCCUUCGCAUUUUGCGAAAAGUAUGGGUAGGAAAAUGUGAACGAAUAACAUGCACGAUAAUUGAACAAAGCAAGCUUGCACGUGGCCCAUGUCGUUCUAGUUGUUAAUGUUAAUAUUCCUAUCCAAGCUGUCUAGUUGCAUGUCUAUUCCAUGUCCAAGUGAGUGUCCACUUGGACAAUAUUACCCCCACCGGCACCAUUUCUGUAUUUACUAUGAAAGACCAAUACGCGACUGGCAGUAUUUUUACUUUUAGAAACAAAAAUAGCAUAUUGAUCGCGAUAUAUGUAACAUUUUUUUUUUGGAGAUCGUGAUAUAUGUAACAUGCAUCAUUGUGCCCGUAGAACACGUUUUGCACGUAAGUACUUUCGAAAUCAAAACUAGUUUUUUUAACUAAAUUUCAUUCAGAAAUGAAAAAAUGCAUGCAGAGAAUUAAACCGAAAAACUGGUAAACUUUUUUAAUCGAUUUAACGAAGAUAACUACAGCUCAUGCCACAUGAAAAAAAAAACACCACUCUUGCACUAACUAACUUCGGAGCUAUUGUCAGAAAAAAAAAAAAAAACUUCGGAGCUAUUUUAUUAAUGUUUGAAAUUUAUACAAGUGAUAAUAAGGGAAGUGGUAGUUGGUUGUUGGAGUUUAUAAAGAAACCUCGCUCAACGGUAAACAGUGUCUCAUAUGUUAAAACAUCAAUUAAAGCGUGCAUUGCAUAAACUUUACGCGUUCUCUUGCUUUCGUCAAAACAAAUGAUUAUUCAUUUUUUUAUUUUUUUUACACAAGAUUAUACAUUUCUUGACUUUUAUUGUCAUCAUUCCAUAUUCAUAGUUAUUAUUAACAUAUAUCCUAUACAUUGGUGGACACUGGACAACCGUUAUCCUUCUUAUCGAAACGUAGAAUAGAAUACACACAAACAUUAAUGACUGCCUCCUGAUUAAAUUAGCAAAAUAAAGUUAUUAUUGGUUGUUGCCUAGUCAUUCGUUGCAAGACAAAAUUAUCAACACUAUCAUGUGACCAUGUCCCCAAUGAAAAUAAUUUUGGUACUUUAAUU